CCGAGAUUGCGGCGGUAUCCCUGUCUAGGCCUGGACUGAGCAGAUUGUUCUGAGAGGAAGCGGAUAACAAACAGGGGAAGUGAACAUGGCAGGGACCUCAGGCUUCUUUUCCAACGGACCUGUUCCGUGGAUGGACAACGACACAGAGAUGAACAACCUGUACCGAGACCUGGAGCUGGGGACAGUACUGACACUGUUUUAUUCAAAGAAGUCCCAGCGGCCAGAGAGAAGGACAUUUCAAGUCAAGCUGGAGACCAGGACUAUUAUCUGGACUCGCGGCACGGAUAAAAUAGAGGGAGAGAUCGACAUUCGAGAGAUCAAGGAGAUCCGUCCUGGACAGAAGUCCCGGGACUUUGAGCGCUAUGUGGAGGACUCGGCAGCGCGGCUGGACCAGGCUCACUGCUUUGUCAUCCUGUAUGGCACAGAGUUUCGCCUUAAAUCACUCAGCCUUGCAGCUACGUCUGAUGAGGAGAUGACCAUGUGGGUGAAGGGGUUAAACUGGCUUGUGGCCGACACGCUGAAGUCACCGACGCCGCUUCAGAUAGAGAGGUGGUUACGCAAGCAGUUCUACGCGGUUGAUCGUAACAGAGAAGACAGGAUAUCCUGUAAGGAUCUGAAGAGCAUGCUGAGCCAGGUCAACUACAGGGUGCCCAACAUGAGGUUCCUCCGAGAGAAACUUCCGGAGUCAGAGCUGAGGAAUGGAGAUGUGUCCUUCAGUCAGUUUGCCCAGCUCUAUCGCAGCCUCAUGUUUGACGCUCAGAAAAACAUGGAGAUCCCGUUUCUACAAAGGUUCAUUGACAGACCAGAACCGAGGAUCUCCCUAGAGGACUUCAAGAGCUUCCUCCUGGAGUCUCAAAUGGAAAUGUGGGCUACAGACGACAACAAGGUUCAGGAGUUUAUGUUCGGCUACCUGAAGGACCCCCUGAGAGAAGUGGAGCAGCCUUAUUUCCAUGCAGACGAGUUCCUGACAUACCUGUUCUCCAAAGAGAACACCAUCUGGGAUUCUUCCCUGGACCAAGUUUGUCCUGAGAAUAUGAACAACCCCCUGUCCCACUACUGGAUCUCCUCUUCGCACAACACCUACCUGACGGGAGACCAGUUUUCCAGUGAGUCGUCCCUGGAGGCGUACGCUCGCUGUCUGAGGAUGGGCUGCCGCUGUAUUGAAUUGGACUGCUGGGAUGGUCCUGAUGGAAUGCCAGUCAUCUACCACGGACACACCCUCACAACAAAAAUCAAGUUUUCUGAUGUGCUGACCACCAUCAAAGAGCACGCCUUUGUCACAUCCGACUACCCCAUCAUCCUGUCCAUUGAGGACCACUGUAGUAUUGUGCAGCAGAGGAAUAUGGCCACUCACUUUAAGAAGGUGUUCGGAGACAUGCUGCUGACCAAGGCGGUGGAUAUUGUGGCAGAUGGACUGCCCUCACCCAACCAGCUCAAGAGGAAAAUCCUCAUCAAGCAUAAGAAGCUUGCAGAGGGCAGUGCCUAUGAGGAGGUGUCCACAUCCACUCCCUACUCGGAGAACGAUAUCAGCAACUCCAUCAAAAACGGCAUCUUGUACCUGGAAGACCCCAUUAACCAUGAGUGGUACCCUCAUUUCUUUGUCCUGACCAGUAGUAAGAUCUACUACUCAGAAGAGACCUCUAAUAACCAGGGUAACGAUGACGAGGAGGAGCACAGAGAGGUGUCCAAUGGCAUGGACCAGCACGUGACAGAGAAAUGGUUCCACGGGAAGCUGGGCGCAGGGCGGGACGGGCGGCAGAUAGCCGAGAGGCUGCUGUCUGAGUACUGCCUGGAAACCGGAGCUCCUGAUGGCUCCUUCCUGGUCCGAGAGAGCGAGACGUUUGUUGGAGACUACACUCUGUCAUUCUGGCGUUCAGGGCGGGUGCAGCACUGUCGCAUCCACUCGCGUCAGGAGGCAGGUAGCCCCAAGUUCUACCUGACAGACAACUUGGUGUUCGACACGCUCUUUGCCCUGAUCAGCCACUACCAGCAGGUGGCGCUGCGCUGCAAUGAGUUUGAGAUGAAGCUGACUGAGCCGGUGCCUCAGACCAAUGCUCACGAAAGCAAAGAGUGGUACCAUGCCAACCUCUCCAGGAGCCAUGCUGAGAACAUGUUGAUGAGGGUUCCACGUGACGGGGCUUUCCUUGUCAGGAAGAGGGCAGAACCCAACUCGUUUGCCAUUUCCUUCAGGGCCGAGGGUAAGAUAAAGCACUGUCGUGUGCAGCAGGAGGGUCAGACCGUGGUGCUGGGCACCUCAGAGUUUGACAGCCUAGUAGAUCUCAUCAGCUACUAUGAGAAGCACCCUCUGUACCGCAAAAUGAAGCUGCGCUACCCCAUCAAUGAGGACACACUGGAGAAGAUAGGCACUGCUGAGCCAGACUACGGGUCUCUGUAUGAGGGCAGGAAUCCAGGCUUUUACGUGGAGGCGAACCAAAUGCCAACGUUCAAGUGCACGGUGAGAGCCAUGUACGAGUAUAAAGCCCAGAGAGACGAUGAGCUCUCCUUCACCAAGAACGCCAUCAUCUCUAAUGUGGACAAACAGGAAGGAGGAUGGUGGAAGGGUGACUGUGGAGGGAAGAAGCAGCUGUGGUUUCCUGCCAACUACGUGGAGGAGAUCAGUCCAUCAGCGGCAGAGCCUGACAGAGCUGAGAUGACAGAGAACAGCCCUCUGGGAGAUCUACUGAGAGGAAGUGUGGACGUGUCUUCCUGUCAGAUUGUUGUGCGUCCUGACGGGAAGGGCAGCAGGCCCCACGUCUUCUCCCUCGUACCGAAUACCUCCAUGCGGACGGGCCCUGUGCUCGACGUUGCUGCCAACAGCCAAGAGGAGCUCAAGGAAUGGGUGUUCAAGAUCCGUGAGGUCACCGUGACCUCAGAGGCCAAGCUGGAAGAGGGGAAGAUGAUGGAGAGAAGGAAGAAGAUUGCACUGGAAUUAUCCGAGCUGGUCAUCUACUGUAGGCCUGUGCCGUUUGAUGAAGAUAAGAUCGGCACAGAGCGAGCCUGUUUCCGGGACAUGUCAUCCUUCCCCGAGACCAAGGCAGAGAAGUACGUCAACAAGAUCAAGGGAAAGAAGUUCCUGCAGUACAAUCGACUACAGCUGUCCAGGAUCUACCCCAGAGGCCAGAGACUAGACUCCUCUAACUAUGACCCGCUGCCGAUGUGGCUGUGCGGGUCCCAGCUGGUAGCGCUCAACUUCCAGACAGCAGACAAGCCAAUGCAGAUGAACCAGGCCCUGUUCAUGUUGAAUGGAAGGAGUGGCUACGUCCUUCAGCCGCCCAUCAUGAGGGACGAUAACUUUGAUCCGUUUGACAGACAUACACUACGAGGCCUUGAACAAGUCACUCUAGAGAUAGAGGUUUUGGGCGCACGGCACCUUCCCAAGCACGGACGUGGCAUCGUUUGUCCUCUGAUCGAGAUCGAGGUGUGCGGGGCAGAGUAUGACAGCGCCAAGCAAAAAACUGACUCAGAAGCUGAUAACGGUCUGAACCCCACGUGGCCCCGGAAGCCAUUCCAGUUCACAGUGUGCAACUCCGCAUUCGCCUUCCUCCGCUUUGUGGUUUAUGAGAUCGACAUGUUCAAUGACCAAAAUUUCUUGGCUCAGGCCACAUUCCCCAUUCAUGGUCUCAAGACAGGUUACCGGUCAGUACCUCUCAAGAACAGCUACAACGAGGAUCUGGAGUUGGCUUCUCUGUUAGUCCACAUGGACAUCGUCAGAGGCAGGGAUGAAAACGGAGAGGUUCUGAGCCCGUUUCUUGCGGUCGGGGCCACAUCACUGUCAGCAUCUGCCCAAGCAGGGAGGGAACGUUUGGGGGACUUGAGCUCGGUGUCUUCGACUUCCUCCAGCAUGUCUGCUCUGCCCCAGUCACCGGCCCAGGCCAUGGCCUACAGGGGGAGGGAGGGCUCCUUUGAAUCCCGCUACCAGUCCCCUCUAGAUGACUUCAGGGUGUCCCAGGAGACAUUGCUGGACCACAUGGACCCACAGAACAGGAGGAUGUUGCGGAGGACCAGAGUGGGCGGAGAGAACCGUGUCUGA